AUGGCAGCUACAUCCCAAGUCAACGGGCUCAUGUCACCUCCCCCGACGGAGAAGGCUUCGUCAGCGGGCAGUCCGGCGCGCAUUGUAUUGGCCGGCAAGACGGGGAGGAUCCUGUGUGUGGCUGAUAUCAGGGGAGACUUCCACGAGCUCAACAGGCUGAUCAGGGAGCACGAGGCGACUGCUGUGAUUCACACUGGCGACUUUGGAUUCAUCAACGCCGAGUCUCUGGAUCGGAUGGGCGACAAAAUCCUGCGCCACCUACUCCAAUACUCCCCUCUCCUCCCUCCAUCCACACGCCAAUCCCUCCUCGCGAUUCCCACCUCCGCCGGCCGCCCAGCACUCAUCAACGCCCUCAACAACUCGUCCGUCCACUUCCCGCUCUCCCAGUUCCCCCUCCUCCUCACUGGCGCCAUCACCUUCCCCGUCCCGGUCUUUACGGUCUGGGGGCUCAUUGAGGAUGUGCGGGUGAUGGAGAAGUUUAGGACGGGCGAGUAUGAGGUGCAUAACCUGAGCGUGAUUGAUGAGGCUGCGACGAGGGUUUUGGACGUUGGAGGCGUGAGGCUGAGGUUGUUCGGUCUGGGAGAAGGAUUCGCCACCAUCGCCGGCGGACAAGGCACCAUGUGGACAACAGCCCUUCAGAUCGGUGAACUGGUCGAUACAGCGCAGCGUGUGUACGACUCGACAGAGACUCGCUUGUUCAUCUCGUCAGCCCCUAUCAGCCGGAACGGUCUUCUCUCUCAGCUCUCUGCGGCAUUGAAGGCGGACCUCACCAUCUCUGGUGGACUUCACUUCCGGUACCCCGCAUCAUUCAACGAAUUCUCAGUGCACGGCGAUUUCGAGGCAUACCGCCACAAAUUGACCCAAGCGAGGGAGACGUUUGUCGGCGUGUAUCAGAGCGUAAAGGAUAAGGUCGAUGCGAGCUUGACCGAGCCGCAGUUGGCCCUCCUCAAGAAGGCGCUGGAGGUGGCGCAGAAUGUGCCAGAGUCGGAUGAUGGGACGUGGACCAAUACCUGGCACUGGGUGUUGUCGGAUGCUUCAUGCGGUCACAUGCUGUUCUCCAUCACCGACGGUCGUGUCUCGGCAGAAACAAAGAGCUCAGGUCUCAACUUCUCGCACCGUGCGCUCAGUACCCCCGCGCCUCCUUCCGCCCCAGCCGUCAACUCUACCCAAGUCACGCCCGUUCCCCGCUCCUCUGCCCCACCAGAGUCAAGCAUCAAAGCCCCUCCGCCUGCCGCUGCAGCACCAGCCCCGGUCCGACCCGCUGCUGCUGCACCAGCCGUUCGCCCGCCCACUGGACUCAGCAGCGCCAACGCGAUCCGUCCGCCCGCUGGACAGAUCUUCAACGCCCACCCAGGCGGUAACCCCGGUAACGGUAACGGCUUCCGCCCGCCUCCCGGUCAGAUGGGGAUGAGGGGUAUGAGCCAGCGCGGCGCCGGAGCACUCCCCAACAAGCCCGAAGCGGCCACCACUCAGCCCGCAGUGCCUGCCCCCGGACCAGCAACCACUGCUACCCCUUCAACAGCGCCAGCGGUGCGUCCCAACGUCGCUCAGCCCCCCCGGGGUCCCAAGGGUCCAUUUGCGCCAAGCGCGAACACCCCCCCUGCGCCCGCUGCUGGCGCAGGCAAGCUGGAUCCGAAGUCCCAAUCUGCGGCGUUCGCAAACCGAGCUCAGCCCCAAGCUACGGCAGCGGCUUCCGCCGAAAAGCCAAAGGAGACCUCUGAGGCCGCUACCGCCGAGAAGGCCACACCUGCCGAGCCCAAAGCAGACGCCAAGCCGACUCCAGCAGCUCCAGCGGCGAACGGUACUCUCAACGCAAACGGAUCGGAACGGCGUAAGCGCCCUGAACCCCGCUCGGAGCGCUCUAACGCCCCCACUCCCCCGUCUGCGGCGCCUACGCCUUCCCCGGCCCCACCCGCGGCGGGUGCAGCGGCCGAUGCUUCCGCGUCGACUCCUACGCCGACCGAGGAGAAGAGCGCAGAGGCUGCGAGCGGGACAGCUACGCCCGUGGCGCCGAUAGUUGACGCGCGACCGAAAAAGCACGAGUUGUAUAUCAGGGGUUUCGUGCCGCCUGUUACGGAGGCAGAUCUGAAGGGGUUGUUCCCGGGCUGCGAGGAUAGUGACUACGCCUACGUCGAGUUCAAGACCGAAGAAGCAAUGACGACCGCUCUGGGCAAGGCUACCAAAAAAGUCGGCGAGAAGGACGUCCAGGUGUCGGUCUCCAACCCGCCCGGAAGCCGAUUCGGUGCUCGAGGAGGCCGAGGUGGGUUCCGCGGAGCUGGGGGCGGUCGGGGAGGUAUGCGAGGUAUGGCUAGGGGAGGAAGGGGCAUGGGUGGCGGUGCUGCGGCCGCCGCAGGCGGAGAUGGGGGGGCGGCUGCUGCGUCAAAGCCUGCAGCUGCGGCGAGUGGGGAAGGGAAGAAGGACUAG